UCAGGCAUGACGAACCGGUUUGGCUCGGGCCUUUUUCUCUUCACUCCUCCCUCCCUCUUUUCCUGUCUCUCUCUCUCUCUAACACCCAACGCUGUCCUCUAAAACUUGUAGCACCCCCUCGCUCUCUAGUUUCUUCCUGUCUCUCACCCGCCCUACACUCUUUCUCUCACUCUUUCUCUCUCUCUCUCCUCUCCGGGUUAUUCCUUGCGACCUUGCCCCCUCCUGGUCCAGUGGAAAAUGUGAUAGGAGGGCAGCAGAGUUGGUGGUGGUCGGGCUUCAGGCACCAUGAAUGUGUGUAACAAUACUGAUUUGCCGGAGCUCGAGAUUAUCAGCUUAUUGGAGGAACAGCUGCCGGUCUACAAGCUGAGGGCCGACACCAUCUUCGGCUACGAGCAAGAUGAUUGGCUGCACACGCCGCUGGUGGACCCCGACUCUCCCCUCGACCUGACCACCGAACAGAUAGAGGAGACCCUCAAAUACUUCUUGCUGUGUGCCGACAGAGUGGGCCAGAUGACGAAGACCUACAGUGACAUUGAUGCCGUCACUCGACUGUUGGAAGAGAAAGAGCGCGACUUGGAGUUAGCGGCUCGCAUCGGACAGUCGCUGCUAAAGAAAAACAAAGCCCUCAGCGAGAGGAACGAGCUGCUGGAGGAGCAGGUGGAGCACAUGCGAGAGGAGGUGUCUCAGUUGCGUCACGACUUGUCCAUGAAAGAUGAACUGUUGCAGUUCUAUUCGAGCGCCGCCGAGGAAAGCGAGGGGGAGUCGACCACCUCCACACCUGUGCGUCCCAGUGAAAACAAUGUGUCAACUCCAAUUUCUUUCCCCCUGGACUCCUUGCAGAAGAAACUCAAAGAUCUGGAGGAUGAAAACAAAUCAUUGCGUUCGGAGGCCAGUCAUUUGGAGACAGAAACUAUCUCUUAUGAGGAGAAAGAGCUGCAACUUGUCAAUGACUGUGUCAAAGAACUACGUGAUGCCAACCUCCAGAUGUCCUCUCUGGCUGAAGAGCUUGCCAGGAAGACCGAGGACGCCUCCAGACAGCAGGAGGAGAUCACGCAUCUCCUCUCCCAGAUAGUAGACCUCCAGAAGAAGGCCAAGAUGUAUGCCGUGGAGAACGAGGAGCUGACUCAGCACUUGGGUGCAGCCAAAGACGCCCAGAGACAACUCACUGCUGAGUUGCGAGAGUUACAGGACAAGUACGCAGAGUGCAUGGAGAUGCUUCACGAGGCUCAGGAGGAGCUGAAGAACCUGAGAAAUAAAAGCCUGCCGCUCAGCACACCGAGGCGCUUCCACUCUCUGGGUCUGUUCCCCAUGGACUCUCUGGCUGCAGAAAUAGAGGGCACCAUGAGGAAGGAACUUCAGAUGGACGAUCCAGAUGUAGAAGAGCAGAGACUCCAGCCUAAGCGCGUGUUCCAGACGGUGAAGAACCUGAACCUGAUGCGUCAGCAGCGGUCGUCGCUGGCCCCCUCCCCCCUCAACAUCCCGGGCUCCAAUCGGACGUCGUGCCUCACCUCGGAGCUCUCCAGCAGCGUGGGAACGCCGCGCUCCAACUCCAUAUAUGGUAGCGACGCGGGGAGCGGGAUCAUCCUGGACAACAGGACGAGCAGUAUCCUGGAGGGUCGAGACGACGGGUCAGAGGACUCUAACAAGCGGCCCCCUGGUACUCCAGGGACCCCCGGCGGCAGAGACCUGGAGGCGGCCCUGCGCCGCCUGUCCCUCCGCCGCGACAACUACCUCUCGGAGAAACGCUUCUUCGAAGACGAGCGGGAGAGGAAGCUGGCUUAUCUGGCCAAAGAGGAAGAGAAGGGAGGCGAUGGGAGCAGCGGAGGCCCCGGGACGCCGACGGAGAGCCUGCUGUCGCUGUGUUCGCACCCCUCCUUCGGCAGCGUCUGGUCGGGCUACUCCAUGUCGGCGAGAUCCUACCUGCCGGAUAAGCUGCAAAUCGUAAAGCCGCUAGAAGGCUCUGCUACCCUCCAUGCCUGGCAGCAGUUGGCUCUGCCCCACAUGGGCGCUGUGCUGGACGAUCGGCCCGGCGUGGUCACCAAGGGCUUCCGCACUUUAUCCCACGAUCAGGAACCAGAGGACCGUUGGCACCUGGACCAACCGGAGGAGGACGAGGUCUCGUGCGACUCGUUCAGCGGCUGGUCGGGAGACGGCUCCGCCCCCUUGGGUCUGCCUCGCUCUACCUCUUCCCCGCCCGACUGCUGCGACAAGAACAGAGACGCCGAGGGCCAAAUAGAAACGAUGCAGGGCAACGCGUGCAGGGCCAGAGAGGCUGUUCUAGUAAAAGAUGGACACGUUGCAAACGUACCGCUUUCCUUCUCUUGCCUCUCCCCUCCUUCUUCUUCUUCUUCUUCACCUCCUCCUACUCCUCCUCUCCCCUCUGCUUCCGAGAUGAACGGGCACGUGGACCUCAAGGAGCUCCAGGACCGUAUGCCUGUUAAUUUCCCAGGCAAGUCUAUGUCCAGUACCAGCUCUACAUACACCUUCACCACCUGCAGGAUUCUCCACCCUUCUGAUCAGCUGACCUCUGUGUCCCCAAGCUCCGCUCUCUCCUCUUGUCAGAGCAGCGCUUGCAUGGGCACCCUUACCCCCACCCGCUCUCCCAUCCCCUUCUCUGGCCCCCCGACGCCAUCGUACACCCCCUGCUGCACGCCACGCCGCCUCUCCCUCUCCCUCUCACUAGCAGAGUCCUCCACUAACCUUCGGGACUCCACCAAGACCACCAGCACCUCCCUGGGCCUGGUGCGCCUCCUGCUGGAGAACGGGAUCUCUGCCUCCGUGUACGAUCCUCGCAGCUGGGACCGAGGAGGGUCCGAUGCCAGCGGAGCUUCGACGCCGGUGGGUCGGGGGGCAGCGCCGGCGCAGAGGAGCGUCGGCACGCUCGAGGAGGCCGCAGACAGACGAUUGGUGAAACGCCCGGACACCCUCCUCCUCCAGCCCUCCACCCCCCCUAACUCCCCUCGUUCCAAAUCCGCCUCUUCGACCACCAAGCGCACCGUUUUCCAGUUCAGCCCUUCCGCCGACGACGACGCGCCGUUUCACGAAACCUUCCUCGCCUCGAAGCCGGCUCGAACUAUCCUGAGGGAAGUGCUCGGGGAGGCGGAGAGGGAGCGAACGGAUGACGACGGCCAAACGGAGAAGCUGAACCUGCGACUUGUGGACAAACUGAAACGCUUCCGCACCCUCUCCUCUCGCGCCGACCCCGGUUCAUCUGCCGGUGCCCUCUUGGCCCCCUUUGGCUCUUCUGCACUGGGGAACGGCGCGCUGGGCGGCGGGGGGCUUCCGGGUUUGAAUGCUGGCCUUCGGAGGAAUCGAAGCUACCCCGCCAUGGUCGGGGCCAGCAUGGCCAUGAAAGACCCGGGAGGCCCCCCCAGCACGGAGAUGGUCAUACCGCAUACGAUGCAAACGCCACGUGACCGACACGCGGCGCACGCACAGGAAAGGGACCGCGUGCAAACGAAUCGCAGGCCGGCCGCGCACACCCCACGGACGCUGCGUGAACUGGAGACGGCCGGGCCGCAGUUGGUAAAACGGAGACGCGGCGGGCCGAACGACGGACUGUGGCAGUUGACGAGCGACGGCCAGCACAGUGACGAUGAAACGGGGACAUAGUGGGAGCUGUGUGUCGGCUCGUCUUCCCGAAGAAACACCGCGACUACGGUUUGACAGUACCGUACGCAUACGGCGUUACACACGCGCACGCGUAACGCUUCUCCAAACCAAAUACUCUAACGACGAUAUAGACGUCCUCCAGCUAUCCGCAGACCAACCGGCUGGAGGGAUGGGCAGCACCUCCCACGAGGUGGACUGCAGGCUCCGGUCGUGGCUGACACUGUUUUAGACUCAUAUGCUGUCAGACCAAACUCAUGACGAUGGAGUAUGUUGCCUUUCCUCUGUGCCCAUUGUAAUGGUAUAUUGCAUAUGUGUGAUAUGCUGUGUCAUACAUGGCUUAACAUCAAAAGGCCCAAUCUGGUGGUGGUACCGCAGAGCUUCCCCCCCCACCCUGCAACAAUUUUUGUUUGUCUCAUUUUCCUUCUCAACCUGAACGAUGCACUUUAAUAAACAACAACAGAAAAAAAAGGGAGAAAAGAAACAAUACAAGCAUUUAAAUGUACGGCGCUGGCCCAAAUGAUGUAAGGUGACAGUUUCCUUUCUUCAGAUUGUUUGUGGCCCCAUUUCCACCAAUAAAGACGGUCAUAAACAACUCUUCUAUAAAACGGCAACAACAACAACAAAAGUUUUUUUUUUUUUUUUUUAAUUUUCGGCUUUUUAAAUUAAAAAGCCCAGAGUGCAGGAUUGAGUUAAAUCUAUUGGCAGAAAUAGAAAUAUAAUAUUCAGUUUGUCAUCUACAAACUCGCCACUGGAUGGCGCUAAAUCCUACACCCCCCCCUUUAAAUAUUUGAUCAUGUAAGGGUCGGAUUAUAAUGUCGACUGUUUUAUACUGCACUGUAUUUAUAUUUAAAUGUGGCAACGCAUUCAAAUAUGGUUCAUUUCCUGACUUUUUUUUAUUAUUUCAAAAAUGCAAAAAUACUGUCACCUUUAUAUAUAUUUGGGCACUGAAGCUAAAUGGAAUUUAUAUCGUCAAAUAGUGGCCCCUCGAGAUUAUUUUCUACCAGCAACCCCCCCUCCCCCUCCUCCUAUAUAUGUAUUUCCCUAAAGAAAUCCAGAUUGGGACUUUAAUGUGCGAUCUCACUGUGACUCACUGUUCCUAUGUGCCUAAUAACAGCCAACAUACUGUAUCUCAUAGUAUGUGUUUGUAUUGUUUGACUACUUUAUUGUUUUAAUGCAGCAGAGAGAGUGCAUGAGAACAACGUGACACAUGAACCCACAUUCUCAUUCGUGUCUUAUUCUUGGCUCUUAGUUUUCCGAAUGUAACAGCAAACAAACUUGAAAUAUCCAAAUGUUGGUUUUUAAGAGCAGCACACUGAGCUUUUGUCACAGUUUUGUUGCUGAGGGAAAGUUGUUGGUGCACCUGUCAAUCUCACUCUGCUUUAUUUGGAAAAAGAGAGCGUCGAUAACCAUAUUUUGAGAUCUGUUGGAGUCCUUAAGGGGUAAAAGCUAAUUAAUGAGUGGGAGAAUUAAGUCAUUACAUAUAUUUAUUAAAGUAUUUGGGUUAUUAGAAACACGCGUAUAACUGAAUGUCCACUGUACAUGUUUAAAGUGAAGGACCGUCGCGGAUUGUAUUUGUUUGUUUUUGUUGUUUUUUUAACAGUCGCACUGACAUUUUGAAUCACAUUUCAUUGGACAGUUUAUGUUUUGGUUAAAUGACGAACAGGAGCUGCACAGAAAAACAUUUCCAAAGGGGCAGUUGGAUGUACGUUAAUGCUGCCCAUAAUAACCGUUGCACAUAUGGAAUAAGAAACCAUUUAUAGUACUUUGAUGAUCCCGAGUGCUAAGACUGAAACGUUGUUGUUGUUGUUGUUGUUUGUGUGUCAACUGAAUCAUCUGAAUGUAAGUUAUUACGAAAAGUAAUCCUGCUGUAGGGCCAUAUAUUUGUGUACAGAAUGUUGAUUUAUUUUCAGUUCACCACAUUGUAAAUGUAUGCAACACAUAUAGUCAUGCUAACCUUUUCUUAAAGAUAAACUGUAAGAAACAGAACAAAAAUACAGGGACAUUAAAGUUUGUUUUAUUUUCAAUAAAGAGACGAAAGGAACUUUUCUGUU